AGAUACUGUGUGUAGUGGUAGGAGUGGUAGUGAGGUUUUCUCUUUUCUAAAAACUCUUGAUUGAAAAUAAAAAAAUUGUGAAUAUUCUUAUCAAUUAUAGUUUUCCUGCGGUAGUUUCCACUCGUGAUUAUUUUACUCAGUAUAAAUGUAACGAUAGUUUGAUUUAAACAAAAAAAAGUUGGUUGCUCAGUGAUUAUAACUUAAUUAAAUUUUAGCAAACAAUAUUUACUGCGGUUGACUGUGAGGAGAACGUGUUAUUUGAAAUAUAAUUAUAAAAACCGAUCCAGAAAAGGUUUAUUAGUUAAAUACAAUGGCAAACGAAUUGGAAACCGAAUCCUUGGAGACAAGUGUAGAAGAAAAAUCAUCCGGAAAACGAUCCCAAGAAGAUGAUUACCUUAACCCUCAAAAGAAAAGAAAAAGCGAACCCAAAAAUAUAAAUUUGCAGGAGAAAAAUCCGAUUUCGCUACUAAAUGAGCUCCGGCUGGGAUUGAAAUACGAUAUAAUUGAACACAUGGGUCCAUCUCACAAUCCAACCUUCAAGAUAUGUGUUGAAGUUGAUGGACAAAAGUAUUUCGGUGUUGGGAACUCCAAAAAAGCUGCCAAAUUUGAAGCCGCAACUGAAGCGUUGAAGUCGUUUAUUCAGUUUCCGACUAAUGGUACAUUUCUCUCCAAGAAAACGGUUCCAGGUACAAGAUUGGAUUUUACAUCAGAUCAAGUCAUCAACAAGAAGCACGACAAUACCUUGUCAAAUAAGAACAAAGGAGUUAAAGGACCCUUGAUGAUAUUAAAUGAACUAUACCCAGAUGCUGAGUUCACAUGCAUUUCCAAUGAGAGUGAUCCUUACGGUAGAUUUAAGAUCUCUAUAAAUAUCAACAAUGAAACCUAUUACGGAACUGGCUCUAACAAGAGACUAGCUAAAAACGCGGCAGCGUCACGAGCACUAAGCAAGUUAACCAAUUACACCAGUCCUAGUUCUGCUAAUUCUGCCAUGGAAGAUCUUCCGUUUGCCACGAAGGAAGAACAGGAUUUGGCUGAUACUGUCGGAAGACUUGUCAAUGAGAAAUUCAGUAGUUUGAUGGCUGAUGAUUGCGUGCAUAUCAAGCGGAAAGUUUUGGCAGGUAUUGUGAAAACUACCAACAAUGAUCUCUCUACAGCAGAAGUAAUAUGUGUCACUACCGGAACAAAAUGCGUUGCCGGAGAUUAUAUCAGUAUCAACGGAGCUUCACUGAAUGAUAUGCAUGCCGAAAUUCUAUCGAGAAGAUGCUUAAUCAAUUAUUUCUACGAUCAGUUAGAACUCUUGCUAUCAAACUCAACCAAAGAUAAUUCCAUAUUUACACUUAAAGCCGACAAGAAAGGGUAUCAAUUGAAGCCAGAGAUCGAUUUUCAUCUUUAUAUAAACACAGCACCGUGUGGAGAUGCUCGUAUUUUCAGUCCACAUGAAGAAAUUGCUGUCGAUAAACAUCCCAACAGAAUAUCCCGUGGACAACUUAGGUCAAAGAUCGAAUCAGGAGAAGGCACAAUACCUGUCAAAAACGCUGCUGCCAUUCAGACUUGGGACGGUAUCGUCCAGGGUGAAAGACUCCUAACUAUGUCGUGUUCGGAUAAAAUAUGCAGGUGGAACGUCUUGGGUCUCCAAGGAGCUCUCUUGUCUCAUUUUAUCGAACCUAUAUAUUUAAAGUCUUUGACACUGGGGAGCUUGAUGAAGGAGAGUCAUUUGUACAGAGCCAUCUGUGGAAGAAUAGAGAACACUUUGCAAGGUCUGCCUCCACCGUUCCUAUUGAACAGACCGACUAUGUUGAGAGUAACAUCCGUUGAGGUACGACAGCCCCAGAAAGCUCCCAAUUUUUCAGUCAUAUGGACGAUGGGUAUGCAAAAACCUGAAAUAGUCAACACUACCAUGGGAAAACCCGAAGAAGGAGUAUCUUUGGUCUGCAAACAGAAACUAGUUAACAGGUUCGUUUCGUUAUUUAACAAGUUACAGACAACUACCAAUGUCAAAUCACUACCUGGAACCUUGAUGGAAGCUAAAGAAAGCGUUCCCAACUACAACGCAGCAAAGAAGAGCCUCCACGAGUCCUUCCUCAAGGCCCAACUGGGUUCUUGGGUGUCGAAACCUUUGGAACAGGACAUGUUCGAUAUUAUUCCUCCUAGCUCGUAAGAUUGUAGAAGAGAAUACUUUUUUAGCGUCAAUUUUGAUUUAAGAUAGGAUUUUUUUUUAAUUAGUUAACAAAACAUUGUUCACUGUCACUAAUUUUUCUUGAAAUGUCACGAAUGAAAAAGUUGUGUUUUUAAUGUAAGUAUCUGAACAACUAGAAUAGUGUGAGUAAAUUCAAUUUUUCUGAG